AUGGCACCAAAAAAGAUGGACGAGGGCAGGCUCACUGAACUUGAAAAACGGAUGCAUGCUGCUGCGAUCAGUGCGCCUGAACACACAGUCACGGGAGAGGAGCUCUCUGCGGGACUAGGCGAUGUGCCAAUCGAAGAGCAGUUAUUGGCGAUCAACAGCCUUCUGAAGAAAAGUCUUUUUAAUGCACAAAAAGGGCCCAGCGGGAUUCAGUACGUGGCUGUUUCGACGGGCGAGGCUAGCGUACUCGGAAGCAUGGACGGGAAUGAGCUGAUUAUUUACAACUAUAUCAAAGACGCAAGGAACGAGGGCAUCUGGACCAAGAUGAUCAAGGCUCGCACCAAUUUGCACCAGACUAUCUUGAACCGCUGCCUAAAACUACUGGAACAGAAACAGCUUGUCAAAGCGGUAAAGUCCGUCAAGUUUCCUACGCGCAAGAUUUACAUGUUGUAUGAUCUUACACCGUCGAUCGAACUGUCAGGUGGUCCUUGGUACGCUGACAAUGAACUGGAUACAGGCUUUAUCCACGAACUUUCGCUUGCAUGCUUACGCUACAUCCAAUCGCAGACGUGGCCAAAAGAUGGCCGCUCGUCUGCAUUAUACCCAGCGUCGCACACAGCGGAUCUACCUACGGCUGCGAACGUACAUCGUUACCUAAAAGACGCGCGGCUUACCGAUACAGAACUGGAACAGGAGCAUGUGGUAGCACUUUUGGACCUUUUGAUCUACGACAACAAAAUUGAAAAGAUUCCUGUGUUACCUGCCCUGGCUACUCGCCGCGCACGCAAUGAUAUAACGGACCGUUCAUCCGAAGAGAGUGGGUCGGAUGCUCCAACUAACACUCUGCGAGGGAGCAGCAGACUUCGCAAAAGGGUAAGGCUUGCGCAAGUGCAGAGUUGCUUAGACGGUACGGAUACGGAUACGGAUAGUGCGAAUGGCUCGUCAGGAAGUGUUCACGGGCGCGGUCGGAAAGAACCACGUCAUAAUCACACAGAGGGCAGCAAAAACACUAGGCACCAAGAGAUGGAAGAUGUGAGUGUCACGAAUUUGACGCAUGUUCCGUAUGUGUACCGUGCUGUAAAGCCUUUGUUGCAGCCGCAUGGUGGUGAAAGUACCGGGUAUAUCCCGCUAAAUGUCCCUUGGUUGCAAACGCCGACGGGGGUGGACGAUGUGGAUGAUGCUACUCUUUCUAUCGAAAUGUUUUUUGGCACUAAACAAGAAGGAAAUGCCAUUUCUGCCACGACAAAAGCAGAAAACAAUACCGUAAUUGGUUUAUAA